UGUGUCAUCUGAUGAAGAUCAUCAAAGGCUACGCUGCCGCCCCGGCCAGAGGAAGAGCUGUCAUUCAUUGAAGAUGCAACUAAAGAGAGUCCAGCUACAGAAUAGUCUAAAUACCAGGACCACUGAGAGAGACCAGUUACAGAACAGUCUAAAUACCAGGACCACAGAAAGAGACCAGUUACAGAACAGCCUAAAUACCAGGACCACCGAGAGAGACCAGCUACAGAAUAGCCUAUAUUCCAGGACCACAGAGAGAGACCAGCUACAAAAUAGUCUCACCACAAGGACCAAAGACAGGGACCAGCAGCAAAAUAAUCUUAAAGUUAUGACUGCUGAAAGAGAUCAAUUAAAGAUUAGUCUUAACUCAAGGACUAAAGAGAGAGACCAGUUGCAGAAUAGUCUAAAUACCAGGAUCACUGCGAGAGACCAGUUACAGACCAGGCUUAGGUUCUAUGAGGAACCCUGUCUGGAUGGAUGGUGGAAGUUUGGCACCAGCUGUUAUUAUGUCUCCUCCAGGAUGGAAACAGCUGGGGGCAGUCAGAGAAAGUGCAGAACAAUGUGUGCUGCCUUGGUUAUUAUAAACAGCAGAGAAGAACAGCUAUUGGAUGGAAGGGGAACCAAAUAACUUGAAUGACAAGGUGGCUUGUGUUGAGAUCUCACAGACGGCAUCAGACCCAUUGAAGAAUUGGAAGGAUGGACCAUGUGCUCCUCGAAAAUACUGUGUGUGUGAAAAACCAUUCACACUGUAGUCCAAUUGCAAUAGCAAAUGUAAUUCCCUAUCUUAUAGAGUUGAACUGGUUUUCACUGUGUUAGGCUGAACCUGUUUUUGUUUCUAUGUAUAACUACAUUGAAAGACGUAUUUGAUGUCUUUAAAGAGACCAUGUCUAUGUGGAGUUUGUCCACCAUUCAUCAGGCCCAGGGGAGUGGAACUGUGGAUUCAUAGUCUCUAACUGUGGUUUACAUAUUAUUAUUUUUUACCAUAAUUUACUAUUAUGUUUUUUAAAUGUACCAUUGUGGUGUGCAUAUAAAAAAAUAUCAUUGAAGUUUUUACAGUUAUCAACCCAUUUCAAAUGCAGCAGUGUUCUAUAUUUGUGUCCAUUCUGUUCCAUAUGUAUCAUGUGUUCAUUCUACUGACUAAAUACAUCUAUAUACUGUGA